AUGAACGUGCUACUUGCUGAGGCAGAUGUGCCAUACCGCAUCGUGAAAGAAAUGUCAGAAGUUAACAAGCAGAUGUCGGAAUACGAUGUAGCUAUUGUGGUUGGGGCGAACGAUACUGUAAAUCCAGCCUCAUUAGAGCCUAGCACAAAAAUCUACGGAAUGCCAGUGAUCGAGGUCUGGAAGGCAAAACGAGUUAUCGUCCUGAAACGAUCACUUGCCCCUGGCUACGCCGCUAUCGACAACCCUUUGUUCUUUCUCGACAACACGAGGAUGCUUUUCGGAAAUGCAAAGGAUACAACCGCCGCGAUAUUUGCUAGUCUGAGCCAGAUCUUCAAUGCAGGGGCUGCAGGUGAAACACCACACUUAGCAGGGGGCGCCGCUACCUUCUCGUACUUAACAGAUCUUGGAUUGCUUCAGGGCUAUAGGGCAGUGCUGGAGGCGUUCGCUGCAUUCCCUCGACUAAGCAAAGCGUCUAUCACUGCCGCUGGUGAGUUUGACAGCAACAACCGUAUCGAGAGCAGCGUGGAAGAACGCUUGACUCCAGGUCGGGUUGACGCGGCCAGAGUGCUAGUGCUAGGAGCGGGUGUUGCGGGGCUUCAAGCAAUAUCAACUGCUCACGGCCUUCAAGCUCAAGUCUUCGCUUACGAUGUUCGAUCAGCGACACGCGAAGAAGUUGAAUCGUGCGGCGGGACUUUCCUUUCAGUAGAAGUCGUCAGUGAAACAUUUAUUCAUGUGCUGCUUUUCCUUCGUAACUUGCCGCAAUAUCAGGAGGAGGAGGGGGAAGUCGAGGGCGGCUAUGCGAGGGAGAUGGGCGAAGCACAUGAAAGGGCACAAAAAAAGAUGCUUUCCCGAGUCGUGCCCAACGUUGAUGUCAUUAUCUGUACGGCAGCGAUCCACGGGAAGCCGUCGCCGAAGCUGAUUUCUAAUGAUAUGCUUGCGGGGAUGCGCCCCGGAUCGGUUGUUAUUGACCUUGCGACAGAGUUUGGCGAUCGGAGAAGCGGAUGGGGAGGAAAUGUCGAAGGUUCUCCCACCGAUGGGGAAACACAGGUUCAUGGAGUUACUGUUAUGGGAAGAUCCCAUAUAGAGACACACAUGCCUACCCAAGCAUCGGAACUGUUUUCCAUGAACAUGUCAAACCUGUUGGAGGAGCUUGGUGGGGGAGAUAACUUCCGGAUAGAUCUGACCAACGAGGUCAUCCAGGGAUUGUGCUGCGUCCACGAAGGAAGUGAGCUUGAAAGGCUACAUCAUACGCGUUAUAUCAACGAUGAACGGUAUGACUUGGACAGGAGUUUCAUGGGCUCCGCCGCAGCCUCUGCCACGGCGCCCACCUACACCAUCGGCGCGCUUUUCACCCCGGAUGCCUCCGAAGGAAUUGUCCUUGGUCGACCAGCUGCUGACGUCCGAUGCUUUCUUCGCAAUGACCCUUGUUUUCACGGCGGCAUUUGCGGGACUCCUGGGAGGUUAGACAACAUGAUACAAAAGUGGUUGCCUCACAGAAUCGUUGUCGUUGUUCCAGUUACUCUGAACGCCGUGGAGCUAAAGCAUUUCACACUGUUUGCGCUGUCCCUGAUAGUGGGGUACUACAGUGCAAUUGGCACGAAUGGCCCUCAUUAA